AUGAAUUGUCCAACUUAUGGCAUUGUACACUGGGAUGGCUGUAUUAUUAGAACCGAAUUAGGUUAUGACUAUGUUGGUGGUCAGCACAAUUUCUUCCGUAUGAAACGAAGGUUGACAUAUGAGGAUCUUUUUUUGAAAAUAGUUCGUUGUACAAAUUUGUCAGAACGUAAUCAAUUCAUAUGCAAGAUUGAAUAUAGGAAACCAAUAUUCAUCGAAAACGAUUACAAAUUUGAACUAGUUCAGCUGCUUAACGAUGACGAUGUAGAGAUGAUGUUUGAUUACGUAUGUACAAUUGGAUCUGAAAGUAUAAUUUUUUAUGUCGAUGUGGUUAGAGAUAUUCAGAGAAAUCAGAAAGAUGAUUGUGCCGGUCCCUCGUAUACUGAUGAUUUAGGGAAUUCACAAUUUCCAAGUCGUCCGAAUAGUGAAGAGCAAGAUGAAAUUAUAGUAUGUCCAAGUAAUCCGUUUUGUAUUGAAGACUUUAACCUUAAUAGUGUUUAUAAUAUUGCCAAUGAAGUUGUGGAUGAAGUUGAUGAAUAUGUCGAUUCAGAGAGAUUAUCUGAUUCUGACAAUAACGAGUAUGAAAGUAGUUGGAUUGAGGACGACGAAUUAUUAUCAGGUGAUGAUAAUGUUGUUGUUCAGUAUAGUAAUCCUAUUUUGCCACUAGUGCAUCUACCUCCAUUUUCAGAAAUAGAUUUUAAAUUAAUGCGUGUAGACCCGUAUGCAAAGCCACCGUCUGAUAUGUUUUGGAAUCCAAAUAAGGAGUUUUCUGUUGGGAUGAUUUUUCCGAGUAGAGAUGCUGUCAUGGAAGCAGCGAAGGAGUACCAUUUGCUUAGACAUCAUCAUUUUUGUUCUGAUGAGACUAAGAGAAAAACAUAUAGUAUUAAAUGUAAAUAUAAAAAACAUAAUUGUAAAUGGCAUCUGCGUGCAUCAAUGAAGGAGGGAUCUGAGAUCUGGAGAAUUGUAUCUUACGAUGGGCCGCAUACAUGUUCCAAUCCAACAGUUGACAAAGAUCAUCCUCAAUUGAAUACUAAAUUUGUCUGUCAAUUUAUUAUGCCUAUGAUAGAAGAACAACCACACAUUAAAAUAAAAACCCUUCAGGCAGAAGUUAGAGAUAAAAUUGGAUAUGAACCAUCAUAUUCAAAGACAUGGAAGGCAAAACAAUUUGCAAUUAGGAAAAUUUUUGGUGGAUGGGAUGAAUCGUAUGGAAGGCUCCGUAGGUAUAUGACUGCAGUGUGUCACUUCAAUCCUGGUUCAAUCUUCGUAAUUGAAGAUGAUUCCCACUACAUCAACGAUCGUAUUGAUCGUACGUCUAGUGUAUUUGACCGCAUGUUUUGGGCUUAUCGUCAAUCUAUUGAAGGAUUUAAGCAUUGUCGAUCAGUAAUUUUUGUUGACGGUACAUUCCUAUACGGUAAAUAUAGUGGAUGUAUAUUGUGUGCAACAGGGCUUGAUGGAAAUAAUCAGAUAUUUCCAUUGGCUUUUGCAAUUGUUGAGAAGGAGAAUUCAGAUAAUUGGGGUUGGUUUAUGUCUUGUUUGCGAACUUAUGUCACAGAACGCGAAGAAUUAUGUGUUAUUUCUGAUCGUCACAUUGGAAUUAAGAAAUCAAUGCAACAAGAUUGGUGGCAACCUCCAAGUGGACAUCAUCGCUACUGCAUACGACACAUUUUGAGCAAUUACAAUACAAAAUUCAAGAAUGCAACAAUGAAGGAAUGUUUGCGAAAGGCUGGUAAAACUUCAAUUGCAAUAUCUUAUUUUUAG